ACAGAUGUGAAAAGGCUGAUUGGCAGAAAGUUUGGUGAUAUAAUGGUACAAAAGGAUAUGAAGCUGUGGCCAUUUAAAGUCACAGCUGGCCCUGAGUAUGGGAAUGCUGAGAAACCAAUGAUAGCUGUGACUUACAAGGGUGAAUAGAAGACAUUUGCUGCUGAAGAGAUAUCUUCAAUGAUCCUCCAAAAGAUGAAGACUACGGCAGAGGAUUUUCUAGGAAAGCAAGUCAAGAAUGCUGUUAUCACUGUUCCUGCCUACUUCAAUGAUGCACAGCGUCGGGCUACGAAAGAUGCUGGUGUCAUUGCUGGGCUUAAUGUCUUGCGUAUCAUCAAUGAGCCCACAGCCGCUGCAAUUGCAUAUGGUAUUGAUAAGAAAGGAUCUGGAAGUGGUGAUUUUGCCUCAAAGAACGUUCUGGUUUUUGACCUUGGUGGUGGGACAUCUGAUGUAUCUAUUGUUGCAAUGGAGAAGGAUGCAUUUGAGGUCAAAGCAGUAAAUGGUGACACCCAUUUAGGUGGAGGGGAUUUCAAUAACAGAAUGGUGAGCCACUUUGUUGCUGAGUUUGAGAGGAAACAUAAGAAAGACAUUAGUUCAAAUCCAAUGGCCCUAGGGCGGUUAAGAGCUGCUUGCGAAAAAGCCAAGAGAAACCUCUCUUCGGUUACUGAUACGUCUGUAGACAUUGAUUGUCUCUAUGAGGGCAUUGAUUUCUCUUCGACCAUCACCCGUGCACGGUUUGAUCAAAUGAACUUGGAUCUGUUUAAUGCUUGUUUGGACCUAGUUGAGAAGUGCUUAAAAGAUGCCAAAAUGGGGAAGGUUGACAUUCAUGAUAUUGUUCUGGUUGGUGGGUCUACCCGAAUCUCAAAGGUUCAGUAUUUGUUGCAAGACCUCUUCCCUGGAAAGAAGCUUUGCAAAAGUAUAAACCCGGAUGAAGCUGUUGCAUGUGGAGCAGCUUUUCAUGCUGCAUCCCUGACUGGUGCUUGUAUGGGGGUGAAUAAGGAUGUUGUGCUUGUGGAUGUCGCUCCUUUAUCUCUUGGUGUUGCAGUGUUUAGCGGUGCAUUGUCGGUUGUGAUUCCAAGGAAUACCCCCAUCCCUACAAAGAUCACUAAGAGGAACUACACAACUGUUUUGGACAACCAAACCAGUAUUUGUGAAGAGGUGUACGAGGGGGAAAUGCCAACAGCAAUAGACAACCAUUUCCUGGGAUCAUUUAACCUUUAUGGCAUACCUCCAUCACCCAAAGGUGUUCCUAAGGUUGAUGUCACUUUUGAGAUCGAUGAUAAUGGGAUCUUGACUGUGUCUGCAGAACUAGUGGGCAGUGACAAAAGGAACCAGAUCACUAUAACCAAUCACCGUGGCAGGUUGUCAAAGGAUGAGAUUGAUCGGAUGCUGAAGGAGGCUAAGGAGUACAAGGCUCAAGAUGCGGAGCGCAAAAAGGCAUCCCAGGCUAGAAAUGCUUUGGAGAAUUACAUUCACCAGUGAAGGGGCAUAUUUAGAGUUUUGGUAGAGCGGUUUGGGCUGAAGAAAAUGAAAACUUUAAAAGAUGCAGUUGAGAACACUGCUAAAUGGUUAGAGUGGAAUUUCCCGCUUGGUGAUGCUCACAUGUUUGAGGAAAAACGGAAAGAGCUUGAGCUCAUAUGUGACUCUGCGCUUACCAAGGCGCAACCUCAGCCAGCAAGACGUGUAACACGUGUAACACGCGUAACACGCAGAUCUCGAGCUCUACAUAAAUGAGAUGCAUGACAAGGAGAGGUUGGGUUUUGCCAUUUUUUGUUUCCCAGAUUAUGGGGAGUUUCUAACAUUUUGGUACGGUAGUAUGGUAUUGCUUUAGUAGGAAU